AUGGAUUUCUCCUUUGUGGAUAUGCCUUUGAAGGUGCAUGGGUACAAUUUCAAGAUUGGGGACACCGAGGACGGCGAGCUUUGCGUUGUGUAUGCACUGGACUCCCUUCUCCAUGUUUGGGUCCGUCGAGCGGGCGACGACGAUGGGAUCGACAGAUGGGUGCCGCACAAGACAAUCUCUCUGAUUGAAGAUGGGUGCCGCACCGAGACGUGGCGGGGCAUGUAUACCGGCCUGCAAGUUUUGGAGGUUAGGGCAGGGCGCGUGUACAUGGCCACAAAGCACAGUUUCCCUUGCUCCUGGUUCUUCUCCAUUUCCAUGGAGAUUGAGAGGCUGUUUCAGGGGAGAUAUGAUGGCCACGCAUAUCCGUAUGUUAUGGCCUGGCCUCCUUCUUUGGUUGGUGAUGAUGGCAGCAUUAAUUGGACAGGAUGA